AUGCCAACGAUGGGCUUUUCUGCCGCUCAAGGAAUGCCAGUAGAACAGGAUAUCCUCGGAAAAUGGUCUUUCCUCUCUUCAGAAAACUUCGAAGCCUACUUGAAGGAAGCCGGUGUGGGAAUGCUGACACGGAAGGUAGCGUCGACGUUAAAACCCACUUUGGAAUUCGCUCGCGAAGGUGAUCAGCUCAGGAUGACAUCGACAUCCACGUUCAAGACCUAUGUGUCGAAGUUCAAGAUCGGUGAGACGUUCGACGAGAAAACCAUGGACGGACGUGAUGUUAGUGAUCGAUAUCAGUUUGAAGAAUAA